AUGGUCAUUCUACAACAGGGGGACUAUGUGUGGUUGGAUCUGAAGACCAGCCGCGAGUUUGACGUCCCUGUUGGCGCUGUGGUCAAGUUAUGUGAAUCCGGACUGAUCCAGGUUGUGGACGAUGAGGGAAAGGAGCACUGGAUCUCACCCCAAAAUGCCACCCACAUUAAGCCCAUGCACCCCACUUCGGUGCAGGGGGUGGAGGACAUGAUCCGUCUGGGGGACCUGAACGAGGCUGGGAUCCUGCGCAACCUGCUCAUUCGCUACGCGGAGCACGUCAUCUAUACUUACACGGGCUCGAUCCUGGUGGCAGUGAAUCCCUACCAGCUGCUGCCCAUUUACACGGCCGAGCAGAUCCGCCUCUACACCAACAAGAAGAUCGGCGAGAUGCCUCCUCACAUUUUUGCCAUCGCCGACAACUGCUACUUCAACAUGCAGCGCAGCAGCAAGGACCAGUGCUGCAUCAUCAGUGGUGAGUCAGGAGCGGGAAAGACAGAGAGCACUAAGCUGAUUCUGCAGUUCCUUGCAUCCAUCAGCGGGCAGCACUCCUGGAUCGAACAGCAGAUCUUAGAGGCCAACCCCAUACUAGAAGCUUUUGGCAAUGCAAAGACCAUUCGUAAUGACAACUCCAGCCGUUUUGGAAAAUACAUCGAUAUACACUUCAACACGAAAGGAGCAAUCGAGGGAGCCAAAAUUGAGCAGUACCUGCUGGAGAAGUCCAGAGUAUGCAGACAGGCUCAAGAUGAGAGGAACUAUCACAUCUUCUACUGCAUGCUGAAGGGAAUGACUCCCGCCCAGAAAAACGACCUGAACCUUGGCCAGGCCACAGACUACACUUACCUCACCAUGGGAAAGUGUACCGUGUGUGAUGGACGUGAUGACCUUAAGGACUACUCCAGCAUCCUGGCUGCCAUGAAGGUGUUGAUGUUCACUGACACCGAGAACUGGGAGAUCUCUAAACUGCUGGCUUCUAUACUGCAUAUGGGCAACAUUCGCUACAGAGCUCGGACGUACGACAACCUGGAUGCCUGUGCGGUGGUGCACUCUCCCGAUUUUGUCACCGCAACGAUGCUUCUGGAGGUGGAACCUAGGGCUGUGAUGAACUGUUUGACUACCCGCACCCUCUUUACCCGGGGAGAGUCCGUAUCCACCCCCCUCAGCAUGGACCAGGCCUUGGAUGUCCGGGACGCCUUUGUAAAGGGAAUUUAUGGAAGAUUGUUUGUGUGGAUUGUGGACAAGAUCAACGCUGCCACCAACAAGCCGCCCACCAGUGAGACCCAAUCGGUGAGGAAAUCCAUUGGCCUCCUGGACAUCUUUGGGUUUGAGAACUUCACCAUCAAUAGUUUUGAGCAGCUGUGCAUCAACUUUGCCAAUGAGAAUCUGCAGCAGUUCUUCGUGCGGCACGUGUUCAAGCUGGAGCAGGAGGAGUACAAUCUGGAGAACAUCAACUGGCAGCACAUCGAGUUCACCGACAACCAGGAUGCCCUCGACAUGAUCGCCAUCAAGCCGAUGAACAUCAUCUCCCUAAUUGAUGAAGAGAGCAAAUUCCCCAAGGGUUCAGACACCACCAUGCUCUACAAGCUAAACUCUCAGCACAAACUCAACCCAAACUACAUCCCCCCAAAAAACAACUAUGAGACUCAAUUCGGCAUCCAGCACUUUGCCGGGGUGGUUCACUAUGAGACCAGAGGCUUUCUGGAGAAGAACAGAGACAGCCUCCAUGGUGACAUCAUCCAACUGGUUCAUUCCUCCAAGAACAAGUUCAUCAAGCAGAUUUUCCAGGCCGAUGUUGCCAUGGGCGUAGAGACGAGGAAGCGCUCGCCGACGCUCAGCAGCCAGUUCAAGCGCUCCCUGGAGCUGCUGAUGAAGACGCUUGGCGCGUGCCAGCCCUUCUUCGUGCGCUGCAUCAAACCCAACGAGUUCAAGAAGCCCAUGCUCUUCGAUCGCGACCUGUGCGUCCGCCAGCUGCGCUACUCUGGCAUGAUGGAGACCAUUCGGAUCCGCCGAGCCGGGUACCCCAUACGCCACACCUUCGCGGAGUUCGUGGAGCGCUACCGUGUCCUUGUGCCCGGGGUCAACCCUGCCCACAAACAGGAGGACCUCCGUGGAACUUGUCAACGCAUUGCAGAACGUGUCCUGGAGAAAGAUGGUGACUGGCAGAUUGGGAAGACCAAGAUCUUUCUCAAGGAUCACCAUGACAUGCUGCUGGAGAUUGAGCGGGACAGGACUAUCACUGACAAGGUUGUUCUCAUUCAAAAGGCAGUGCGGUGUUUCAGACAAAGAACUCACUUUCUGAAGAUGAAAAAAUCUGUGAUUUUGAUCCAGAAAAUCUGGAGAGGGUACUCCUGCAGACGAAACUACAGUGCAAUGCAGAUCGGCUUCUUGCGGCUGCAGGCCCUUUUCAGAUCCCGUAAGCUGUACAGAACCUACCGGUCCGCUCGGAACCACAUCACCCACCUUCAGGCGUGCUGCCGAGGUUUUCUGGUGAGGCAGGUCUUCCAUCGCCAGCUGUGGGCUGUCGUCACCAUUCAGGCGUACGUCCGUGGAAUGAUUACACGCAGGCUGUGCAAGCAGCUGAAGGCUGAGUACCAGCGUCGCCUCGCAGCGGAGCAGUUACGUCUGGCCGAGGAGGAGAAGCUCCUGAACCUGAUGACCGCCAGGAGGGCCAAAGCGGAGGCCGAGAGGAAGCACCAGGAGCGCCUGGCGGAGCUCGCCCGGGAGGAGGCGGAGCGCAAGAGGCGGACGCAAGAGGAGGCGCUCAGGAAGCAGGAGAUCAUGGAGGAGAUGGAGAAGGCCAAGCAGGAGCCUGUCAAUGACUCCGACAUGGUGGACAAGAUGUUCGGCUUCCUGGGCUCCACCAACUCCUUCCCUGGCCAGGAGGGACAGGCCCCGGAUGGCUUUGAGGAUUUGGAACCAGCCAAAAUGGCCCUGGAAGAUGAAGACCUGGAUGAAACCCUUCCUCUCCCAGAGGGUGAGGAAGAGGACAUCACAGAGUACAAGUUUGCCAAGUUUGCCGCUACCUACUUCCAGGGCACCGCCACACACACCUACAUCCGCCGCGCUCUCAAGCAGCCACUGCUCUUCCAUGAGGAUGAGGGAGAUCAGCUGGCUGCCCUGGCAGUGUGGAUCACGGUGCUGAGGUUCAUGGGAGAUCUCCCAGAGCCCAAGUUUCAGACGGUCACCAGUGACGGCAGAGAGAAGAUUCCGGUCAUGACCAAGAUCUACGAGACCCUGAGCAAGAGAACCUACAAAAGGGACUUGUUAGAGGAAGAGGGCACUCACAAUGAAAGUCAGAAGAGGAACAGUGUUCGCCACAAGCUAGUGUCCCUCACACUGAAGAAAAAGUCUAAAAUUACAGAGGAGGUGGCCAAGCGGCUGAGUGAUGGCGAGUACACCAUGCAGGUGGACAGCAUGUUGGAGGACCGCCCCACCUCCAACCUGGAGAAGCUGCACUUCAUCAUAGGCAACGGCAUCCUACGCCCAGCCCUCAGAGAUGAGAUCUACUGUCAGAUAUGUAAGCAGCUGUCCCAGAACCCAUCAAGGACCAGCAAUUCCCGGGGAUGGAUCCUCAUCUCCCUCUGCGUGGGCUGCUUUGCUCCAACUGAAAAAUUUGUCAGAUAUUUGCGCAACUUCAUCAAUGGCGGGCCCACUGGCCACGCCCCCUUCUGUGAAGAGAGAUUGAUAAGGACCUUCAUGAAUGGGACGCGGACACAGCCUCCCUCCUGGCUAGAGCUGCAGGCAACAAAGUCCAAAAAGGCCAUCAUGUUACCAGUGACCUUCAUGGAUGGCACAACCAAGACCCUGUUGACGGACUCAGCCACCACGGCUCACGAGUUGUGCAAUGCCCUUGCUGACAAGAUCAACCUGAGAGACCGAUUUGGCUUCUCCAUCUACAUCGCCCUGUUUGACAAGGUGUCCUCGUUGGGCAGCGGGAACGACCAUGUGAUGGACGCGGUGUCGCAGUGCGAGCAGUACGCCAAGGAGCAGGGCGCGCAGGAGCGCAACGCCCCGUGGAGACUGUUUUUCCGCAAGGAGAUCUUCACCCCGUGGCACAACCCAGCUGAGGACAGUGUGGCCACCAACCUGAUCUACCAGCAGACCAUCCGCGGGGUGAAAUUUGGGGAGUACCGCUGUGACCGGGAGGAGGACCUGGUGGCCUUGGCCUCUCAGCAGUACUACGUGAGCUACGGGCCCGAGAUCCUCCAGGAGAGGCUGCUCAGCCUCGUCCCCUCCUACAUCCCCGACCGUGAGAUCAGCUCCGCCAAGACCCUGGAGAAAUGGGCUCAGCUCAUCGUGACCGCUCACAAAAAGGCGAUCUACACGCAGAAGAGGAUGGACCGUCAGCGGGUCAAGGAGGAAGUUGUGGAUUUCACUCGUUUCAAGUGGCCUUUGCUCUUUUCCCGAUUCUAUGAGGCCUUUAAAUUUUCUGGUCCCAGCCUGCCAAAGAAUGAUGUCAUUGUGGCUGUGAACUGGACCGGUGUUUACUUUGUGGACGAACAAGAGCAUGUCCUGCUGGAGCUGUCCUUCCCAGAGAUCACUGCAGUCUCCAGCAGCAGAGGAGGGAAACUCCAGGGACAGAGCUUCACGCUGGCCACCAUCAAAGGGGACGAAUACACCUUCACCUCCAACAACGCCGAGGACAUACGGGAUCUCGCGGUCACUUUCCUGGACGGCCUGAGGAGGAAGUCAAAGUUUGUUGUCACUCUGCUGGAUAGCCCGUAUGCACCCGGGGAUGAUUCCACGUUCCUCAGCUUCACUAAGGGUGACCUCAUUCUGCUGGACCAAGACUUCACCGGCGAGCAGGUGAUGAAUUUGGGAUGGGCGCACGGUGUCAACGACAGGUCCAAGGAGAGCGGGGACUUCCCAAGCGACCUCGUUUAUGUGCUGCCCUGCGUCACCAGACCCCCGUACGAUCUUGUGGCUUUGGUCACGAUGACCCCAGACCAGCGGAGACCCUCUAUCAGCCUGUCACAGCUCGUGCUGGCUGAGGGGGUGGAGAAGGUGAAACCCUAUACCCUGGAGGAGUAUUCGUACAACUAUUUCAGGCCCCCUCCCAAAAGCACUCUGGGCCGGGUGAUGAUCGCUAAGGGUCGGGGCAAGGAUCGGCUGUGGAGCUGCAGCAGGGAGCCCAUCAAGCAACCACUGCUCAAGAAGGUCCUCAGCCAUGAGGAUCUCUCCCAGGAGGCCUGCAUGGUGUUCAUCUCCAUCCUGAAGUACAUGGGUGAUUACCCAUCCAAGAGAGUGCGCUCUGUGAAUGAGCUCACUGACCUGAUAUUUGAAGGUGCGUUGAAGGCGGAGCCCCUGAAAGAUGAGGUCUUCUGCCAGAUCAUGAAACAGCUCACUGAAAACCACAUCAAGUACAGUGAGGAGAAGGGCUGGGAGUUGCUGUGGUUGUGUACAGGGCUCUUCCCCCCCAGCAACGUGCUUCUGCCCCACGUCCAGAGGUUCCUGCAGUCCAAGAAGCACCACCCCCUCGCCCCCGACUGUAUGCAGCGGUUGCAGAAAGCCCUGCGGAAUGGGUCCAGGAAGUAUCCCCCACACCUAGUAGAGGUGGAGGCCAUCCAGCACAAGACUACUCAGAUCUUCCACAAAGUCUUCUUCCCCGAUGACACGGAUGAGGUUUUUGAAGUGGAGUCCAGCACAAAGGCCAAGGAUUUCUGUUUUCGCAUCUCUAGCAGAUUAAUUCUCCAGUCCUCAGAGGGCUUCAGUCUGUUUGUGAAGAUUGCCGAUAAGGUCAUCAGUGUACCAGACGGUGAUUUCUUCUUUGACUUUGUUAGACACCUCACGGAUUGGAUCAAAAAAGCCAGACCCGCAAAGGAUGGCGCAGUGCCUUCACUGACCUACCAGGUAUUCUUCAUGAAGAAACUAUGGACCAACACUGUCCCGGGGAAAGACUCCAUGGCUGACUGUACAUUCCAUUACUUCCAGGAGCUCCCGAAAUACCUGAGAGGUUACCACAAGUGCUCCCGUGAGGAGGUGGCCCAGCUGGGCGCCCUCAUCUACCGUGUGAAAUUCGAGGAAGACAAGUCCCAUUUUCCCAACAUUCCCAAGAUGCUGAAAGACCUGGUGCCCCAGGACCUGAUCCGGCAGCUCUCUCCUGAUGACUGGAAGCGGUGUAUUGUGGGAUGCUUCAACAAACAGGCUGGAAAAUCCAGACAGGAAGCCAAGCUCUUGUUCCUAAAAAUCAUUUUUAAGUGGCCCACAUUUGGAUCUGCCUUCUUUGAAGUAAAGCAAACCACUGAGCCGAAUUUCCCUGAGAUCCUGUUGAUAGCAAUAAGCAAGCAUGGUGUCAGCCUAAUAGACCCGAAAACCAAGGACAUCUUAAUUACGCAUCCCUUCUCGAAGAUCUCCAACUGGAGCAGCGGCAACACAUACUUCCACAUCACCAUCGGCAACCUGGUGCGAGGCAGCAAGCUUCUAUGCGAGACCGCACUGGGCUACAAAAUGGAUGACCUCCUGACGUCCUACAUCAGCCAGAUGCUGAGUACCAUGAGCAAGCAGCGCAGUGCGCGUGGCAACAGCGACUGAGCACACUGUGGAAGGGUGGGGAACCUGUA